AUGAGCUACUCUCAUGAAGAUCAGACACCGGGAAGAACCCCAGCGUCCAGAACCAAAGUCAUCGACCCCCUCCUACAACGAAUCCUCCAUCGUCACGAAGUCACCAACUCUUUCUUCAGCAACUAUCCACUCAAACAACAGCUGGGACGGCAGCGAAUCCCAAACCUUCAAAUCGAACUACCUCAUGUUAAACAAGAACGAAUUUCACCAAUCAUUAUAGAACCAAGUCACUGGAUUAAAGCAAUCCCAAAAAUCAUGUUACUAUUUCCAAAUGGUAAACUUACGGCCAAAUUUUUCAACAACAACAUCCGUGCACUAGCAACCCACUCUGCCACCUAUCGCCAAGCUCAAGACUUUUUGGAAAAAGCCAAAAUACCUUUCCACACCUUUUCGUUACCAGUGGAUAGAUCCUUAAAUUUCUUACUCCGAGGAAUAAACAACAACACCCUAGUAAAAGACGUUCAAAACGAACUCUCUGAGCUCGGUUUUGAAACAACCCACAUCAGACAACUCCUUAAAAAUGGAAAACCACUACCAAUGUACAUGGUCACUCUUCCCUGCAAUCCAACCAACAAAAAAUUAUUCAAUCUGACAUCAAUCUACUAUAUCUCAAUCACAGUUAAACAAUACCGAGCUUCUGAGCCCUCUCAAUGCUUCAACUGUUAA